AUGCAAGCAGACAAGAAUGAACUGACGCCGCAAGAGCUCGCAUGGUUCCGCGAGCUCAAGCUCCUUUGCGAGACUCAUCAUAUGGAAGUUAGCUCUGACUACGAGAUAGCAUGUUAUGCGCUCGUCUGCAAGGGGAGUACAGUGAAGGCGUUGUCCCGCAUGGCGAAGAUGAAGAAGCUGGAGAGAGAGCACAACCUCUCCUCCAUCGACUCCGUCACGGCCUACCAGACACUUGCCAAGCUUUGUCCGGGGAUGUUUGCAGCCUGCGGAAGGGACAAGCAAGGCAAUGCUGAUGCCGACCUGCAAUUUUCUUCGACUUCUCAAAAUGCUUUCCAUCGGCCAUUUCAGGAGGCGGAGAAGAGGCCUGGAAGGUAUUUGCCGCCGCUGCUUCCUCCAUUCACUCACUCCCCUCCCUCCUCCCGCCAGUGUACCUUGAAAGUUCUUCUCGAUGCGUUCGACGCCUCCACUGCCAGCAUUCAUGACGUGCGGGAAGGGACUUCAUGGUUGUGCAACUGCAACGGGAUGGGUUGGAGCAACUUCAGCUUUGAGAUGGAGAAGAAAAUCAGUAUGCUGUAUCAGGACGGCUAUCCGAUCAAGAUCAAGGCCAUGUAG